AGACCUCAACAGCGAAACGACUCGGAGUUUCCACCUGCGUUCGUUCACUCGUUCCCUGACUCGUUCCCUGACUCGUUCGCUCGCUCGUUCCCUCGGUGUCCUCUUUCCUUUCCUUUGAAUCCGUGAUGAGAGCUCACAUCCACCGACACCACGAGAAGACGAGCGCGGGAUUUGGCUCAACGUGGACCGGCGCGCAGCGAAAGUGAAGCCAGCCAAUUCCGAGGAUCACCGCUGAAGAUGCGUUAUGGACUGAAGAUGGUUUCAACCCCCAUUCGAUUCCAAUGGCGCACAAAGACUACAAGUUCAACUGCUCCUGAUACUACUCAACUCAGAUAGACCAGCAAAAUUUAAUAUUCAACCCAUCAUCUAGAAAUCCAACACCAACCCAAAAUGUCUUACUUUUUGUCAUUUGCAUUCCUUUUUGUUGUCCAAAUUCACGGUGCACCGCCUGAGUUCCUACAGGAAGAAUUUGGCAUAGACCCCAUCGAACUUGAUUCAAUCCAAGCUAGCAAUAUGUCAGAUGUUUCAACUUCUCCACCUCCCGGGACAAGCAAAAGAGCCCCUCAGAGCAUCAUCAUCGGCGUUCGCAAAGGAGGAACUAGAGCGUUGCUAGAAAUGCUUGACAUCCAUCCAGAAGUUGCAGCAGCCGCGACCGAAGUCCAUUUUUUCGACUGGGAUGAGAAUUACGCUAAAGGCUUCGAGUGGUAUCGCGAUUUGAUGCCGUAUUCCUAUCCCAACCAGAUUACGAUCGAGAAAACGCCAGGAUACUUCACCUCUGCUCUUGCUCCGGAACGCAUCUGUGCCAUGAAUUCCUCCAUCAAACUCCUGCUAAUCCUGCGAGAUCCAACGGAACGAGUGAUUUCCGACUACACCCAAGUCUACUUCAACCGCUUGGAGAACCACAAACCGGUGCAAGCGAUUGAGAACUUACUCGUCCGAAAUGGCGUUUUGAAUAUGCGAUACAAAGCCAUUCAAAGAAGCCUCUACGAUGUCCAUAUCCGAAAUUGGUUGAGGCAUUUCCCCCUCGAGCAGAUCCAUAUUGUAGACGGCGAUGCGCUCAUUCAGGAUCCUUUACCAGAGCUACAGAAAGUUGAGAACUUCCUAAACCUACCGCCCAGGAUAGUAUCGUCCAAUUUCUACUUCAACCAGACAAAAGGUUUUUACUGCAUUCGGAGUGAUGGACGUGAGCGAUGUCUUCACGAGUCGAAGGGACGACCACACCCAGCGGUCAAUAACUCCGUCCUGCAGCAGCUGAGGGCUUUCCUAAGGGAACAUAACAGGACCUUUUUCAGGCUGGUCAGGCGUACAUUCAACUGGCAAUAAGACACAAGACACAUGGGACUUUGUGGACCAGAGGAGGACAAUGGAUUGGUUCAUGUUUAAAGGUGUUUGAAAUGGUCAGUUUGGAAGUAUCCCUGUUUCUAUAUCUAUACGUUUGACAUAUGAUCAGCCAUGUUUUGACAAUCUGAUUCUGAUUUGUUUGUAUUAUGAAACUUCUUGCAGGACUGGGCGACAUGGGAAAGAGGGAAUCAUGAUCUUUUCUUUUGUAUUAAUCAAUCAAUCCUUAAAAACAAAUAACUAGGGCUUUAAAGCUACCAUUUGUAAUUUUAUUUGGUUCUUGUUUACCUGUGGUCUCCCCUUACCUGGCCUUUGUAACGUUGAUAGCAUCUGUAUGUGAGAAUACAACAGGGGGCGUGUCAACUAAUCUAAUUAUAUACGGAAACUUUCAAGAAAUAAACCUUCUAACAAAUAAAAAAUGCUGUUUUAAUUCUCCAAAUCUGAGCUCUUGUCCACAGGCUUUUAAUACCGCAGGAUUAGCUAUAUACCUGCCAGUUAAAAACCCCCUAGCUUAUCAUUGUCUCAAGACUAUAAACCAAUGAGGACUGGAUUUUGGUGGAUUUUGUACAGAAUUAUAAUGUUUUGGUUAUGUGAGUGAGAAUAAGAGACAUGAGGGUUCUAGCGAGACAAACAUAGUAUAUGUUUUUGUUUUAACUACAAAUUCCACUAUUGUAGCAAAAGAAAAAUGAUGUGCUAUUUCUUUUUCCUAUUUGAUAGAAAGUGCAGACCGGGGGUGCUGCAGUUUUGAAAAUACGCUGACCCAAUUCAGCGUACUGCACAUCACAAUUCGACUUAGGCAAACUCAGUAAAAUCCCUACAGUUACAUUUAGGCAUUUUUCACUAUUUAGGUAUUUUUAACCUGUAGUCCCAUCUUUAUGUGGGACUAUAGGCCAGUUAGUAAUCAAUCAAAAUGAUGAUUAUGUUGCCUAUUUCUUAUUUGUAUGCAUUUGUCUGAGUCGGUAAAACAUAGCAAUCAAUCUAUUGACCUACAUACCUUAGAUCUUGAACUAUCUGGGUUUAUGUAAAACUAGUGAAAGUGCUUAUGAGGCUAUCUGCUUUACCAUAAUCAUUACAUUGAAUAAUUAAUGUAUCCAGGUCAACCCUCUUCCUCAUUACCUCAAGCACAAUGGAAAUAUCAGAUACCUCCAAACUGACACUUUCAAUUACAUUACAACACGUGCCAGUGGAUUCCUCUGUGUUUUUGGACUCUCAAGGAGCUACUACUUACAUGGACCUUAAGGGAGAUGAACUGCACUUUAGCUAAAUAACAUUGAAAUCCCUCUUUGUAUUGCGUCUCAUAUCUUUGCUGUGAUCUGGUUUCUACACCUACCGACAGUGCUAUAUUUACACAAGAAAAUAUGAAAAAUUGUAACUAGGGGCGUAGGAUUAAAUGAAAGAAUCUCCCAGCUUAAUAAAUCAUCUUGCGUGAGCUGGGGGCGUCGAAAUGAUCAAAUUUCUGCAAAAAACAAGUUUAUGAAACACACGGACAUCUUUCUCUCCUUCUUGUUUGAUAUUGUUUCUUGAUAAUAAAUUGUUCUGCUUUG